UUGCACCGUAUAUGAAAUUGUGCAGCCGUAUACUCGCAUUUGCCGUUUGUACAUUUUACUGAAAAUCAUCAUAUACUCGCUCUGGUGCGUGACAGGGCAGAAAAUAGUUUUGCCAAUGUUCCUGAAGGAUGUUUCAUUCUUUCUUUUGAUUCUCCAUGUGACACUGAAUCAGGUGUUUUCAUAUCGCCUUUCUCGGAUUGGGAAGCAACAGGACAUCCAACACGCUUCAAACCAGCGACCAAAGGCAGGUCUCCAUCUUUCUGAUCCUGACGUCCCCAUUGCAUCUCCUCCGAGACCAAUUUCCCUGGAUCUGCUUGUGGCUGUUGAUACAAGUUCUUAUCGUUACCAUGGCGAUGACACUGAGCAUUACAUCAUGGAAAUGCUGAAUGUGGCUGCAAGUCUAUGGCAGAGUACAUCAUUGAAUGCUGUUGUCAGACUCCGCGUUGCUAAAAUCCACAUCGUGAAAGAAAAUCUGGUUGAUUUGGAGCUUACAGACCAUGCCAACUUGUCAUUACGAAGAUUCUGUCAGUGGCAAAGAUCCUAUUUCAUGGCAAAGGAUGGAGGAAAAGCUCAGUAUGAUGCUGCCCUUCUCAUAACAAGAAUCGACAUCCAGAUAGGUGGUAACUACGAUGCGACAGGCAUAGCAUACAACAAUGGAGUGUGCGACUCGCAGUAUCAGUGCGCCCUCUGUGAAGAUAAAAGUCCCAUGGUUCUCUCCCACACCAUAGCUCACGAAAUUGGACACCUCUUGGGUAUGCGACAUGAUGGUGACCACAACCCCUGCCUAGACCGUGUCAACAUUAUGAGUGGGUAUGCUACCACUGGACACCAGACAUUCAUCUGGUCACAAUGCAGCCAACAAGAACUGGCAGAAUUCCUUAGAUCGGAACGGUCCAGCUGUUUACAUGAUUCCAUCACUACUUCCUGGUCACCAGGCGUUGCCAUGGAUACAGUUGCCAUGCCGGGGAGAAUCUAUGAUGCAGACUACCAGUGUCAGAUGAUAUAUGGGGCACCAGCUAAAGCAUGCAAGAGACAGAAUAGACAGCAAAUCUGUGGCAUGCUUAAGUGCCAACGGGAUAGUAGUGGCACUGAGUGUGUGACUGAUGGGAGACCAGCUUUGCAGGGAACCAGCUGUGGUUCAAUCAAGUGGUGCUCAAGAGGAUGGUGUGUCCAAAGAGCUGCUCAGAAACAACAUCCUGAAGUCUCUGUGGAAGAUGCCACAGCUGUGCCAAAUGGACAGGCUAACAAACAAACAGACAGACUACACUGCAGUGAGUGCAGCACAUUUCCCUACAUGGAUACCCCGGCACCGACGAUAGAAAGUGACCAAAUACCAGUGGAAUUAUAAAUCAGUUGUGUUCAUUACCCCAAUCCUCGGGGGAGAGUUAAGUUAAGUCGUUUUAAGGCUAAGUAUUUAUUUAUUACUUCCGAGCCCUAGGAUUUCAUAAAGGUAGUGGUAAGCUCCGUGACUUUCAGGCUCUACAUGUAUAUUCUGGAUUCAAAUCGUGGAGGAAAACAAGGGGUAUUUGGGGUUUUUUUUUUAAAUGUACAUAAAAAAGUAAAAGUAUUUCCAGCGUCCAAGAUUCAAAACUGGGACAUUGUGGUGGAAGUCCCAAGCCGUUCCA